CACAGUGAAGUUAGUUACAAAACGGAACCAGAAAUUCAGAAAAUGUCGCUACUCCAUCCCACCAAAUUAUAACCGCUGAAUUUGUUCUUUUUAUUUUUUUUAACUUCAGGUAAAUUCUAUGUCUAUCUUCUCUGAAAAUCCGGGGUCAAAUAUCAUACUUUGUUUUCUGUUGAUCCCGGAUUUUCUUUUUUCUCUUUUGUAAAUAUAUGUGAAUUUCAGAUGGAAAGUCGAUAAGCAUGCCGGAAAUGUUUCCGGUGAGUUUGAUUUUAGCAGCUGCUGGUGUUUAAUGCUACAAAGUGGAGCCAUAUGGUGAUAAUAUAAAUGCAUGUAUCCAACCCUGGUACAUAUAUUUUAAGUUAUGGACUUUGAUUAUGUGAAUGGAAGCAGCAAGUAUUCAAGAACAGACAUAGAGGAAGUUGGUGAUGGGAGUGGAAGCAGUAAGCAUUCAGGGAGACAUCUGGAAUUUGUGUUUGGAAGCGGAAACAGUAGGCAUUUGAGUGAGGGAAGUGGAGGCAGUAAGCAUUCAAGCAGACAUCUUGAUGAUGAAGCUGAAAGCAGUGAACAUUCAAGUGAGGAUAGUGGAAGCAGUAAGCAUUCAAGAAGACAUUUAGAAUUUGAUGUUGAAACUGGAAGCAGUAAACAUUCACAUACUUAUCCAGAGGAAAUAAAUAGAAGUGGAGGAAUUGAAAGUAAUCAUUUUGAGAUUGAUCCAGAGAUUACAAACGGAUGGGGAAACAGUCAUGCUUUUGAAAUACAUCCAGACGUAAUUGAUGGAAGUGAAAGUAGUAAACGAUCAGAAGUAAUUCAAGAGGAGAUGAAUAGGAUUGAAGAUGAUGUUCUCGUCUCAACCGAAAAACUGAGGUUGUCAUCUUCUUCAUCCUUAUCUUCAUCUGGCUCAUCUACAGAUGAUCAGUUUCAAGAGGAUAUAAAACUAUCAAAGUCCAGAUCAGACAUAACGUCCACUUCCUCCCCUAAACCUGAUGAGUAUGCUCAACAAUUACUUAAAGAUACACAUCAUGUUUCUGCUAACAACUCUUUCAAAUUAGAAGAAUGUCAAAAUGGAUCUGCAGGUUCCACAUUGACAUCUCAAGUUUCCAGUGACACGCAUGAAUCAACCUUGACACAAUCCCCUCCAAUCCAAGUGAUGGACCGGCUAGGAGAAUUCGAUCCUUAUAGGAUUCCCUCUGCUGUCUUUGCAAGAAGUAAAUCAACAACACCUAUGGAUUGGAGUAUUGCUUCUAAUGAUUCAUUAUUUAGCAUUCAAGUAGGGAAUCAUAGUUUCUCCAGAGAUCAUAUUCUAAACCUAAAAUCUGGAGAACUUUUCAAGUCUGGCGAGUUCAUUGCGUUAAGUCCAUCCCCUGUGGCUCCAGCGGUAGACACUGACAAAAAGAGUGUUGAAUUGGACAAGAGCGAGGCAACUUUAGUAUCAGAUGAUGCUGUCAAGGAUAAAACAGGUUCGAGUGCUGAAGAACCAACUGGGGAAAAUCCAACACAUCCCAUGGUAUCCUGGAAUUCAUCAGCCAUUUCUAAUCAUUCUGAUAAAGGUGUAACCAGUGCACGCUCCUUUGCCUUACCAAUAAGAAACAAGAAGAAGGGUGCAUGGCCAUCAUGCUACUGUUCUAAUUGUAGCUGGGCGUUCUGCUACUGUAUAAGGCCAAGCUGCUACUGUAGUUUGUCAUAUGGAAAAAAUGUUUCUAAUAAAGAAAAAGCAAAGCAGAAGCAGCAGCAGCAGCAGCAGCAGCAACAACAACAGCAACAACAACAGCCCUUGGCCUCUGCAGUACCCUCAAAAUCAGCUUGCUGCAACCGUUGGUGUUUGUUUCCUUCCCGGCAUUGGUGUUGCUGUUGUAACUGUUGUCGAGGAAACUGAUGUUGAAGAACUCUCAAGCCACCCUCUCCCUGCCGAAAAAUUCUGCCCAAAUCUGUCCUUUAUUAUGGGAUGCUUGCACAGAUCUGUUGCAAAUCAUCAUUCUGCAUAACUGCAGAGGCUUGUCAUGAACUUGCUCUUUUAUGUGUUCAUUGAAGUGAUAUACUUCAACCAAUCUCAAGUUCACAUAUCUUUUCUUCUCACAUGCAUAAUUAUGUCAGAAACGGGCCUUUUACUCAUGAGAAGAAAGGGGACAAUGGCUGGGAAAGGGAAAAUCAUCUACCUCUACAUGAUUUUGAAGACGGAUAUCGACUUUUAGGUGGCUUUAUUCGUGUAACUUUCACCUAUUUUGAAUUUUUAGCGAUGUGAAUCUGUUUCGAGUUU